CGACGCCCGUAGCAACUACGGAGAUUUUAACAUCUAAGACUGCGAGAACUGCCAGAGCACCUGCUACACGGAUUUAAUUGGUUACGGGGCCAAAAUGAUAAUAAAUACCUAUACUUUUAUAUCAUAGGUAAUCCCAUUCUUCUUUUUCCUACUUAUCUCUUUUCGGUGAAGGUUGGUAGCACGAUUUUCGAUAUAUGGAGGUCCAACCGUUAUGAUGAACCUCAACUUAUCUGGAACCAUCAACGUCUUCAAGCUCCUCGCAAAGCCAUCAUUAUGUCUUCCCCACUCAACAGUCUCUACCUUCAAUGAGAUACCAAGUCCAUUUGAGAAAGUUUUUGAGCGCCAAGGCAGGAAAGUAGACAUCAGAGCAGUGAUACUGGACAAGGAUGACUGUUUUGCCUAUCCCAACACUAAUGAGAUUUUCCCCGCUUAUGUUGAGCGUUUCCGGCUGCUGAAGAAAGAGUAUCCUAACCAUCGUCUCCUAAUCGUAUCCAAUACUGCUGGAGCCACCACUUAUGAUCGUGAUGGUCGCCUGGCAAAGGAGCUUGAGGCGGCAACCGGAAUUUCGGUGUUAGCCCAUAGAGUGAAGAAGCCAGGCUGUGGUGAUGAAAUUAUGGCUCAUUUUAAAGCCCAUCCUGAAGUUGGAGUAACCCAUCCUAGUCAGAUUGCAGUAGUCGGGGAUCGUCUAAUGACCGAUAUGAUGCUGGCCAAUAUGAUGGGUAGCUGGGGUUUAUGGAUCAAGGACGGCGUGAAGCCAUUGAACGAGAAAAGCGUGUUUUCUAAGCUCGAGCAACGCCUCGAACCGUUCCUUAUGAAACGUGGCUAUCGAGCCGAUGAUCCACGGAGUCCAUUUGAGUAACUAUCAUGCCAAUUUGUAGGGUGAAGUCACCAAAUACAGUCAAGGUCCCUUGAACUGGCGUGGAAGUUUACAUGACGAAAAGAAUACCACGACCACUAGAGCAUUUUUAUUCCUAUCUUCUUUAAUAUACACUUAAAUCAUGCGAACUAACUAUGCUUGUCAUUUAUUAAAGAUGC